AUGGAUCUCAGCUUAGAGCUGUCUGACUAUGGAAAUGCGACAGUCGGCACGAAAGUUAAGCUUGGGACCAGCUUGAAGGUAACCCAUCAGAUCUGGGUGGUUACCGAGCGUGUUUGUAUUGAGAGCGGGCACAUUUACGGCCUCAAAAACUGUAUGGCGGGCACUGUCAUCGACCUCUCGAAGACCGAUAACCGCACCGUCACGGGAUGGACUCCCAACAGUGGCCCCAACCAGUCGUGGAUCUUCGAGGGCGGUGGAGACCAGAACACCUGGUUUAUUAAGUCUUUCCGCACUGGAAAAUAUCUUGGGAUUGAAGGCGAGCUGUACAGCGCCAAAGAUGGCACGAAGGUCGUUGCUGAUCAGUCCCCUUUCAAGUGGGAUGUCAGAGAUUCUGACGUUCAAGGCGCCUUAGGCAUUAGAAUAUUCGCCCACGGCACGAAAUUCAGUGUAGAGCUGUCUGAUUAUGGAAAUGCAUACGACAACACGCAAAUUGUUCUUUGUUCUAGCUGGAAAAGCGCCCAUCAGAUUUGGGCACUUACUGAGCGUCGCUGA